UCCGUCCUCAUUCUCCUUUAAAGGAAAGUUUUCCGGCACUUUGGAUGCUUUAUAAAGUGAAGUUUAUCUGCUUGCUCGUUGUGUUUCUCUCCACUCAGAGAUAGCAGUUAUUUGUUGACAUGGAGGUGAAAUGCAUUCUGGGCCUUGUGGUCCUGGUGGCCGUCUCAGUCUGGGCUGAGGAGGAGGCUUUGACUACUUCAGAGCGGAUUGAGAGAGUUAACAGGGACGCUGUGCGCUCUCCUGACGAGCCGUACGUUGAGGACGAUGUUGCGAUGGACUCUGAGUCCGAGAGGAACGCGGAUCCCUGCACCUCCUACAGCUGCAUGUGGCCAAAGUCCGCCGACGGGAAGGUCUACGUGGCCUACGUCAUCUCCAGCGUGUACUCCUCUCGUGAGGUGUCCAUCAUCGAGCGUGGCCUGAAUUCCUUCCACGAUGUCUCUUGUAUCCGCUUCGUCAAACGCAGCAGCCAGAGAGACUAUCUGAACAUCCAGUCCCUGAACGGGUGCUACUCCUACAUCGGCCGUCGCAGCAAUGGUCAGAAUCUGUCCCUGCAGCGUAAUGGCUGCGUCUACCACGACACGGUCCAGCACGAGGUCCUCCACGCUCUCGGCUUCCACCACGAGCAGAAACGCUCCGACCGCGACCAGUACAUCCGCAUCGUGCUGGAGAACGUCACCCCUGGAAAGGAGCACAACUUUGACAAAGUCAACACUCUGAACCAGGGAACCACCUACGACUACGGCUCCGUCAUGCACUACAGCAAAUACGCUUUCUCUAAGAACAACCAGCCGACCCUGGUGGCCAUCCCCGACUCCAGCGUUCAGUUCGGCGUGGCCUCCGAGAUGAGCCAGAAGGACAUCAUCCGGCUCAACAGGCUGUACGGCUGCUGAGCAGGUGACUGUGAUGCAGAAAAUACUUCAGGAAGAGACUCAUCAUCAUCAUCAUCGUCAUCACAACCAUUGGGUUUUCAAAUUCAGUAUUCUUUAAUUAUCAAUAAAUUCACAUG